AUGAUACUUCCACUAAGUAAGCACCCAGAUUUUGAAUUAAUGGGUUCUUAGACAGGUGUAUAUUCUAAGAAAUUCUCGACAUCAUAAGUCGUCUACAAAAAGAGCACAUCAACAGGUAACCCCAUAACAGAGGGAAGAGAUCUUUUAGAAAGAUCAUCUGUAAAUUCUGAUAGUAAUAAUUUUGAUCUAAGUUCCCUUAGUAGUACGAAUUCCUCGACUAAUAGCAAUGCCAUAUAAUCGCAUUAUGCUAAAAACCUAUUAUUCUAAAAGAAAGCUCCUAAAAUACUUAAAAUUAGCGCAGUUGUGCUUGCCUGCACUAUUGUUUCUUUCCUAAUUAUCAGCAUUUACAAUCUCGCUGUUUUUACUGACAAGCAUUAAUAGAUCUCUGGCAGACUAACAGCUAUGUCAUACAUAAGUCAAAGAAACGCCAAUAUGAGAGCCUCAAUACUCAACAUUAAAACAAUUCAAUUAAUUGCUUAAGAUUUGAAAAAUUUAAACCAGUCUAGUGUUCUACCCCCAAAUAGAUCCAGAAUAGAUUACUACUUGAGAAAUAUGAUUACGAAUCUUGGAAUAGUCAGAGAUUAAUCUGAUAAACUGUAUACCUUCAUUUCUUUGAAUAAGUAAUAUUUCAGCUUUAAUUUGAACUUUGACAAUUUGACCUUUUUAACUGAUAAAGGGUAUAUGUAUAAAAUUAGUGUGGUGUUUAAACAAGCAACCAAACUUUUAGGAAGUUAUUCAGAAGCGCUUACUAUUGCUGAUUUUGUAAACGAAAAACCUAGUCUAAAUGUAACAAACUAUGCCAAAGAUUACUCUAAGUUAAGAAAUGAUACAUUCAAUAGAAGUUUGACUUAAUUAGAGCAAUCACUAUUUUUCAUAUUUGAGAAUGGAAUGUACUAAUAGUAAGAAUUAGGAUAUAGAUAAUUACUGAUGAUAUAAGAGGCUUCAUUUGAGCAAACUGAUUCGAGUUAAACAACCUUAAUGGUAACAACAUUUGUUUCUGUUGGAAUAGUUACUCUUAUUUGCAUCAUAAUCUUUCCACUUUUAACCAAGGUCCUUGACAGGAUAUAUACUGUUCUAAAAUUGUAUAAUAGUUUGGAUAAAGCUAUUAUUGAAAAAUGCUACUAAUAAGGAGUUCAAUUUAAGAAAUAGCUUAGAACUAAAAUUAGUAGAGAAAAGCAUAAGUUAAAGGCUGAAUUGAAAGUAAAAGAAAUUUAAGGGAAAGAUGAUAGUCUUGAAUCGCCUGAUAAUAAGAUUUAAUCAUCUGAAAUCGACAAAAUUAGUUCGAGAAGAUAUAUCAAAGACACAGAUUCCAAAAGAGGUCUUAAGGAAAAUGAAGAUUAAAUUACUUUUUCAAAAAAAAACUCCAAAAGACCAAAGUCAAAAUACUAAAAAAAUAAGAAUUCGCUUGGCACAAUAAAAUAAAAUGUUAUUACAUCUCUUAAGGCAGAUCAAAUAGAUGAAAAGUAUUAUGGUACUAGAAGAAUGAGUGUUAACAUAAAAAAGUUAGAAUAAAUCGAAGAAGAAAAAGAGGAUGAGAGUCAAAGUGAUAGCAAGGAUAUUUCCAGCCCUAAAAAUAUUAGAAAAAAUAAAAAACAUGGUGAAAAUUCAGGCAGUAAAGCUAAGAGAGGAGGCUCUCAUAUUCUGACUAAGGAUGAGAUAAUUAAAGAUCUUUUUGUUUGUCUUUCUCAUGAUAUGCUACCUAAAUAGUUCUUUGCUUAUUUCAUUUUAUCAAAGCCAAAUAGUAUUUAAAUAUGA